GUAGUUUUGGACUAGGAACAGCUAGUCUUGAAUCAAAGACGUUCCAAGUCGUCUUCUCCAAAUCGAUUUUCUUUUACCUUUCUCUCUGAUUCGAUUUUUGUUCGGUUGGCUUUUUUUUUUGCGGAAAAUUGGUUGUUGGGUGGAUCAAAGCUUAGGAGAUUUGUUUCGUUUGUUUUGGUGCUACAAAGUCCAUGGAGGCGGAAGGAGAAGAAAGACAGUGGAGUUCUCUCAUAGUACCUUCUGUUCUAGAGAUAGUGAAAGAGAAGAACUUCGCAACUGUUCCUCCGAGGUAUAUUCGACCUGAUCAAGAAAAAACUGAGAUCUUAAAUGAUUCUAGUCUUAGUUCUGAAAUUCCAGUCAUCGACAUGAAACGGUUGUGUUCAGUUUCCGCCAUGGAUUCCGAGCUCAAGAAGCUCGAUUUCGCUUGCCAAGAUUGGGGAUUUUUUCAACUGGUAAACCAUGGUAUAGACUCGUCUUUCUUGGACAAACUAGAGACAGAGGUUCAAGAAUUCUUCAAUCUCUCUAUGGAAGAGAAGCAGAAGCUGUGGCAGAGAAAUGGUGAUUUUGAAGGAUUCGGACAAGUGAACAUUGUCUCGGAGGAUCAGAAACUUGACUGGGGAGACAUGUUCAUCCUCACCACUGAACCAAUUCGGUCACGUAAAUCUCACUUGUUCUCCAAAUUACCUCCUUCUUUCAGAGAAACUUUAGAGACUUACUCCUCUCAAGUGAAGAGCAUAGCUAAGAUCCUUUUUGCGAAAAUGGCGAGUGUUCUUGAGAUCAAACAGGAAGAAAUGGAAGAUUUGUUCGAUGAUGUUUGGCAAUCUAUCAAGAUUAAUUACUACCCGCCAUGUCCACAACCAGAUCAAGUUAUCGGUUUGACUCCACAUUCAGACGCUGCAGGUCUCACAAUACUAUUACAGGUGAAUCAAGUGGAAGGACUUCAGAUCAAGAAAGACGGCAAGUGGGUUGUUGUAAAACCUCUUCAAGAUGCUUUAGUUGUUAAUAUCAUAACAAACGGGAGGUAUCGAAGCAUCGAGCAUAGAGCGGUGGUGAAUUCAGAAAAAGAGAGGUUAUCGGUUGCGGUAUUUCAUAGUCCGGGAAAAGAGACAAUCAUUGGUCCGGCGAAAAGCCUUGUAGAUAGGCAGAAGCAAAGUUUGUUCAAAAGUAUGAGCACACAAGAGUACUUUGAUGCCUUCUUUGCUCAGAAACUCAAUGGCAAAUCUCACCUUGAUCUUAUGCGUAUUUAAGGACAAGACCCUCAUAAAACAUGUUACAGUAC